AUGGAUGCAGCCGCAAUCGAAAACGGACCUUAUUCCGUCCCGGCCGAGGCGCAAAAGAUUUAUCGCGAGCAGAUACUGGGCAACCCCUUGAUCCGUAACAGCCUGCCUCUUGGGAUCGAAAAGGCCGCGCAGUCCAUAGUCUUCACCGGCAGCGAUGCGCCGACGCUCCCGGUCAAUUUGCGCUUUGCGGAAAGCAUCUCGAGCCUCAAGGCCCUGGAAGCAAGCUUGCUCAACCUCGUGCUAGAAGAGAAACUUUUCAUCAUGUCCUUUGCCCUCUGGGCGCUGGACCCGGCCGGGGCAAACAUAAACGCCGGCACACUGCGCACGGCCGAGGGCCGCGCUCAACUUGCCCGGUAUUUGCCGUCGUGGGAAAGACGUUUCUCCAGCUCGGAUGCGGGGAUCCGCUAUCAAACAGCCGUGACCAACAUCUAUGCCACCAAGGACGGGCGGUAUUUCCACCUGCACUGCUCCCCAGACCCGGGGCCGAUUCAGGAAGCUUUGGGGUUGCCCAGCGGGGUGGAGUGCGAGACUGCGGAUGCAAGCAAGCAGCCGUACAAGCAGGCAGUUGGCCGACUGACGGCAGAGGAACUGCAGGAUCUGGUGGACGAUCGCCGACAAGCGGGCACCGUCUGCCUCACAAAGGAGGAAUACGCAAGCAGCGAGCACGGUCGGGCCAACGCCCACAUCGGGCUAUUUGAGAUUAUCCCGCACGCGAAUGUCACGUGGUCGAAGCUCUCGCGCGUGAUCGCAGCGCCGGUGAUUGGGCGAUCGCUGGCCGAGCUGGGCGCCAGCGUGAUGCGCAUCACCGCCCACCACCUUCCCGACACGUCAGGCCUGCACCUGGACACCAACCACGGCAAGUGGAACGCCUGUCUGGACCUACGGCGAGAGCAAGACAGGGAGUCCUUGCGGGAGUUGAUUCGUGGGGCCGACGUCUUCAUCCAGGGUUACAGAGCUGGGGCUCUGGACAAGCAUGGUUUCGGAGAGCAGCAUGUGCUGGAGCUGUGCCGUAACCGCAAGGAUCGUGGUGGUAUAAUCUACGUGGCGGAGAAUUGCUACGGAUGGCAUGGGCCGUGGAUGGUUGCCGACCGGCCUUUACUGCUGAACCACUGCAAUGCUCUGACUAAAAAAAAAAAACGAUCUGCGAUGCGUCCCCAGCUUGCCCUCAACUACUACUCGCGCUGGCUGCUCUCGUCCGUCGGCACGUAUCCACAGCACGUCUGGGAGGACCUUCGUCGACGCAGCGGCAUACCCCAGUUCGAGCACCACCACUCGAUGGAGCACACGAUCCCUACCGUUUUCCCAUGGCUACUCCGCAGCGGCAUCCUCUCCAAGUCCGAGUUUUAUACCGAGUACUACGCCAAGAACCUGGCUCAGACGGUUCGAAUCGUCGCCCCUGUGCUGUUCUACCCAGGCGGGGAGGUGGAGCCAGGCUAUCAGGUGGGCACGAGGACCAAUGGGGUUGACAUGGCGAAGUGGCCAGAGGACCUCGGGGUGGAGGUUGUUGAUGGAGACUCGUAG